AUGAAGAUCAAGAUGACUGGCUGGCGGACUCUACCGAAAAAGGAGGCAAAGCUGGACACUCAGACAGCUGACUGGGCAGCCAAGCAUGCCGACUUUGCAGACAAAAAGUGCUGCCCAAAAUCAUCCAAAAUCCCAAAAUCUUUGCAGAGCCAAGCUGUGCCAAGCUGUUUUGGGUUCAACUCCACUGUGAACAGUGAACAGUCAGCCUUUACUCCCUGCCAGGUUCAGAAACCGCCGAAAAGCAAUUCGUACAACUCGGAGGGACAAAGGCCCCGAGAGUCCUGGUGGAGAGCUGCUUCGUUGGAUGACCUUCGACGUGAGCAAGGCGUGAGGCCAUCCACCAGUUUGUGCUCAAAACAGGCAGGGACCACUGGCAACAGCACAGGCCCAGAAGAGGCCAAAGCCAAAGCCUUGGCAGAGGCCGUGUGA